AUGCUUAAAUUCAAUUACGUCACUAUAAAUCAUCAGUUCAUCAAUGGGAUGAUCAACAAUGUUUUUGACUUGAGUUUAAUCGAAGUGCUCAGUCUCGUUUUGUGCAAUGUGGAACUCAACGAAGCUCAAUUCUUCAACUUUGCAAAAUCAAUGAAAUUGCACACACUCGAUCUCGAGGAUACAACAUUCAAUCCGUCCAUCAUAUCUGAUCGACUAUUCAUCGGCAUGCCCCUUCUUAAGCAAUUUCGCAUUUACAACGAAAACAUUCUGGUCAGACUGACGGCGAUUACAGACGCCUUGUUCCAGCACUGGACUCGCCGUAAUGCCAGUCAUCCGCGCUGUGUUCAGUUCCGCAAUUGCGCAUUGGGCAUUUCAACAAUGGUUUUGAAUGCAUUCCAUAAUAAGCUUAUUGAUGUCUCCAAGUCGGUUACCUUUAUCACCGAUCCCUUCUUUUCCUACAGCAUCGAAUUGAAGCUUCUUCCAGAUUCAAUCAUCAGAGAACGAUUGCACAUUGAGCAACUGGAUUUAAGCAAUAACUUUUUGAAUGAAAAUGCGUUCAAUAUGCCAAUCUUCCCGCACCUCAAAUUUCUCUCGGUUCGGAAUAACAAGCUAUUCAGAUCCGAUGCGACGUUUUUGGUAAACAUUCGAAAAAAUUGUCCGGCUCUUGAAGAAUUGAUCAUUGAGAACAAUCCUGCGUGGCCAACGAAGACAGAUGUGCAGAAUCUUCUAAAAUUCCGAGCUGCUAUAAUUGAGAAUCUGAAAAAUCUGAAAUCGCUUAAUGGAUUGGACACAUAUCGACGAACCCGUUCAACAUGCAGUGACAGCAGUUCGGAAGCUUCUAAUUAA